AAAAAUCUACUGCACGGAAAUAGAAUGUGAAUGAUCAUAAAUUUUAAAUCAAAAAAGUUGCGUUUCCUCCAGCUUCAGUUGUCAACGUACAAAUACGAUUUUUUUCCCGUGUCUUAUCGAAUACACAAAAUUAUACACAGGAAGACGACUAAGAGGAAAACUCAGUACGAAUCUCUCGGUCUCGAAAAGUCGUGUCUAUCCGAAUAGUAUAGAGAAGGAUUUUGUCUUUGAUUUUCAUCACGGAAUAGAGUGUCUAUCGGGAAAGUAGUAGUAGAGAAGGAUCUUCAACAUCACUAUCAUCAUGUCAAAGUCCAACGAUACGGUACGCACGGAAGCGGAGUGGCGCAAAAUGGUGCAAGAUGGAGCCGGUGGGCGAGGUACUACGAGUUUCUAAACAAGACUUGAGAGGGGUUUUCUUUUUGGGGUGUCACUUCUUCAAUUCGUGUUGUCUAGGAGCAUCACUAUCUUACAGGAACAGGCACAGGAUCUUCAAACAUUAUCUAUAAGAAACAGCAACAGGAACACAGGAUCAAACAUUAUCUAUAAGAAACAGGAACAGGAUGCAGGAUUCCCCCUAUGAAAUCUCCCAACCACCUUUCCCCAAUCACCGCCCUUAUUCCUUCAGGUAACAAAAUCCGGGGCACCUACCAACAGGUUUGGAACGGUACGCGCGGCCGUACUGCGAGCGGUCUUUACAAAUCGGAUUUGAUGAUGAACGCCGAGGGCAAAAUCGUCAGCAAAAAGCGUUCGAAGGCUGGGAAAAAGAAGUUCGCGGGCUGGCACAAGGCUUGCGCGAAGGCCAAGCAAAAGCUGGACGUCGGGAAAAAAGGCCGGGACUUUGUGCCUAUCGGUGGAGUGAGUCGAGAUGGCAAGAAGCUCCUCAAGGAGGCGAAACAGGAGUACACGAAAAUCAAGGCGAUGAAGGUAAAGAAGGGGAAGAAAUAGAGGAGGUGGACGCCGUGCCUACAGUUGGCGGGAAGUAGACGGGCCGUUCGUAUACGAUAGCAAAAGCGAUAUACCGAGGAAUUUUUUGAGCCACGUCGUACCCAGGGCGACUGUGUUUCAGAAAGUGUAACUCUCGGUUAUUCGGUUGCGCUUGUGAGGAUUAAGAGAACAAAAUACGAAAUCUGUAAUGCAAAUCUCAAAGACCUACAACAAAACAUUCGGAGCUGAAAAAUCUUUUUUGAAAAACAUUGGAAUCUUCAAGGAAAAACCGCAUUGCAGAUUGAUCCCCCCCCCAUGGCAGAUUGAUCCCCCCCCAACCCCAUGGAAAAACCGCAUGGCAG